AUGACCCCUCGAAAUAAGCAGAGACACCUCUCAGUUCUGUCUGCUAACGUCAGAGGCCUCCGGACCAAUAUUGGUGAGUUGACUCACAUGGCCCUCAACAUCAGUGCCGAUAUAAUUGUGGCUACUGAAACUUUCCUUAAUGCAGAAGUAGAACCUGCUUUUGGUAAAAUACGAGGCUAUUCACAGUGGCAAAGAAGAGACAGAACAGGAAAGAACUUUGGAGGUGUAGCUGUGUGCUACAAAGAGAACCUGCAAAUUCAGCUGCUAACAGUCGACUUACCAGACUGGCUGGAAGCCAUCUUUAUGAAGGUCAUGCUGAAAUCAAAUGAGUCCCUACUACUUUGCGCUCACUACAGGCCGCAGUGGCAAGGCAGGGCACCGAUGGACUUCCUAACGGAAAAUUUAGACGUCCUUCAGGCUCGGAACAACUGUCAGCAUCUCUUAAUAGUUGGGGACCUCAAUCACCAUCUCAUCCAGUCAGCAUAUGAGGACCUUCUCACAGUUCACGGGCUGACAGAUUACGUCGAUUUCCCGACGCACAUCCUCGGUAGAUCUCUCGACCCUGUUAUAUCUGAUCUAACUGAGGACUUUAUCUCUUGCUCAUCGCUCGGCAAUAUAGGGACAUCAGAUCACCUUGCAGUUGUAUCACAUCUUUGCCUCGCCCCCGCAGCUGAUGAAAGGAGACAAAGAAAAACAUGGAUUUGGAACCAUGCAAACUGGCCAGGUAUGAAGGCAGAACUUCAGUCACAAGACUGGGAUGUUCUCCUGGUGGGGAAUGCAAACAACAAAGCAUCUUCCAUCAUCAGCCUCCUCACUGAAAUGCAGGAGAAAUACGUCCCUUCACGGACAUAUAUCACAGAACCGGGGGACCAAGCCUGGUUUGGCUACAGAUGUCAUCAAGCCUCCAAAAAGAAAUACAGAUUGUGGCAAAGGUACAAAGCCAAUCCCACAAGACACAAUAAACAUCUGUACAAAAAUGCUUGCAAAGAAAUGACAGCCACGUGCAAAUGGGCCCGCAACAGCUGGCAAGAGGAUACAAAGCGCAGACUGUCAAUUUUAGGAGCAGGCAGCAAGGAGUGGUGGUCGCUCGUCAAGGAGCACCAAGGGGAGACCCGGGAACCCACAAUGCCUCCACUAACCAAGCCCGAUGGAACAACUGCCUCGAGCAACCGGGAAAAAGCUAACCUUCUGGGAAGCAUGUUCAGUUGUAAAAUGACAGUGCCAGAUGCUAACAGGGCACCACCAGAGAUACCCUCAAUGUGUGCAGCUGAGUUAUCCCAGCCUUUAUCAUCUAUCUUCCAGUCGUGCAUUGAAGAAAGCUGCUGGCCUACUAUCUGGAAGGAAGCAAGAAUCCCAAGAUCGACUGCUGACCUUCUUCUACUGCUGAGUAAAAACUGGCAGGAUGCUCUUGAUGCCGGUCAAGAUACUCUGGUGAUCGCCCUCGACAUCGCCGGCGCCUUCGACCGAGUGUGGCACAGAGGGCUCCUAGCUAAACUACAAGCAAGAGGCAUAAGCAGUAACCUCUUGCGGCUCUUUGAUAAUUAUCUAACUGGAAGAACACUUAAAGUGGUCAUCGGUGGCCAGUCAUCCGAGAAAUAUCCGGUAGAGGCUUCGGUACCACAAGGAUCUGUACUUGGCCCAAUCCUCUGGAAUAUUUUUAUUGAUGAUAUGCUGAGGGAACAUCCUGAAAUCAAUGCAUAUGCCGAUGACUGUACACUUUCUAUUUCAUACCAACGUGAGGACCAUGACGCUGUAGCAACGAAUAUGAAUUCAAAGCUGCAAGCAAUCUACGAAUGGGGAUCACAAUGGCAAAUAAGAUUUGCCCCCAACAAGACCCAGGCAAUGGUUAUAUCCCGCUCUCCAGCUGCAUCAGGCGUCAUGAAAGACACAAUCUUAAUGAACAACACCGCCCUCCCACUCGAGGACUUGAUCUCAGUCCUCGGUAUUGACAUAGACAGUGGUCUAAGAUUUAACAGACACGUCAGCAGGAUUUGCAAAACAGCUUCCCUGAAGGUGACAGCCCUUCGACGCAUAUCUCAUCUCCUGAAUCCUCAGGGAAUUCUCACGCUAUACAAGUCCCAGAUCAGACCACACCUAGAAUAUGCCUCCCAGCAUCAGCGCACCUUCUCUGCCAGAGCAGCACGUCUGUGGAAUGCAUUCACAUCCACCAUCGAUGUCGCCGAAAUGACAACACAACAAGUGAAGGCAGCGGCUCAGCGAUGGCGGUCGAGCCAGCCAUCACCUCUUAACCUCCUACACCCUCAUGGCGACACAUAA